AAGAAGGAGCUGUCUGUUUGUAGCAUGAGGAUCAUAGACUGUUUUGAAAAUGAAGACACAUGAGCCCGUGUCAGUGCCUCGUAACACUGGUCAGUUGACUGAAGCGUCUCACUCCUGACAAACCAGCGGGAGUCACUGACCUGUGAGCAGCAGCAGCAGGUGGCACAGCUCCUGGGGACUGUAGGAAGUGGAAGCUAAGCUAACCAUGCUAAUUGAGCGGUGACUGACAGGAGGAGACAGGAAGGACAAACCGUAUCCGCAGGAUCUCCAGUCCAUUGUCCCGAGUCACGUGUCGUCUCUGUAUGUGGACAGAGUGAAGGAGCAUCUCAGGACACAGGAAUUAAAGUGGGAGCUGCCGAGCAAUCAGGAUUAACCCGUGAGCUUCAGGGCUCAUUUCUGCCUCAGACACGCCGGCACCCACGAACUCUCACACCUCAGCAUGGUGAAGACAGCAAAGAUGGAGCUGCUGAGAGCGCUCAUCACCGAGUGUUUGUCAGCAGCUGCCGAGGAGAUCUUCAAGAUCGCAGAAAGAACCAUCGUAGCGUAUGAAGAGGAAAUGUCUUGUUCAAAGUGGGUGGUGGACAACCACUGCAGACUGCUGGAUGUUGCCAAGUCACAUAGCAAAGACUACCUCCAGAUGUCUGCCACUGAUGUGAAGCUGCAGUGUGCCCAGCAGCAGCCUCCUGCCAGUAUCACUGGGAGGUGGGAGGAGCCAGUCAACACCUGGUCGGAGCCAACAGAGAACAACACACAUCCACACACUUCUCCUGAAGAUGAAAAAGAUCAAUGUGAUCAGGAGAUUCUGAUCGAUAUUGAUGAAGAUGAUGAUAUAAAGCAGGAGUGUGACCCGGACAUGCAUUUGAAGGAGAAGAAACUUUUUAAAUGUCCCAUUUGCUUCAGUAGUUUUUCUUCCAAAAAGACGAUGGUACGACACGUCAAGAAGCAUCCAGAGGACAAAUCCUCGUCUUACCAGUGCCAGUUCUGUGACCGCUACUUCUGCCACAAGUCUGAAUUCAUCAUUCACACCAUGAUACAUAAAGGCUCCAAACCUUACAAGUGCCAAUACUGUGACAAAAGCUUUGAGCACAGGGACGGUCUGUUCAUUCACAGACAGAAACACAGUGAGGAGAAACCAUACCAGUGUUUGAGUGAGAAGGUGGAAGCAGAAACUCAGCUCAAAUCCAGGACACCUGUGAGUAAGAUGGAGGAAAAGCCGGAGCUGAGGUGUGGUGAAUCAAACGUGAAGACAUUCCCACUAACUAUCACUCCCUAUGACAGAAGUGAGUUUGAGCAGGAAUCUCUGCAGCCGCUGUGUCUGUAUCAAAUCCAGACUGUUGCUGACAUAGAUAAAGAAUUCUCAGCUGCACUCCCAGUGGAUCACAUUAAAACCGAGCCGACUGGAGCUCAUGAUGGAGUAUCAGGCACCAACACUGAUAAUCAGCUGCUCCUUCCGGUGAACCCCGGCGAGCAGAGUGAUGUUGAGACAGAGCCCAACCAUCUCAGGAUAAACCAUUCCCUGCCCAGGACACUCACAGGAAAAUCUACCGAGCUCAUGAUGCAGUUUGAAGCCGGAACAGCACAGAAACCCUACAAGUGUCCUUGUUGCACCAAAUGUUUCUCCUUGACUAAGACCUUAAUAAGACACGUAAGGAUCCACACAGAGGAAAAACCUUAUCAGUGCCAAUUUUGUGGGCGAAACUUCUGUCAGAAGUCAGAUCUUGUCAACCAUACAAGGAUACACACAGGGGAGAGACCCUAUCGGUGCCAUGAAUGUAACAAAUCCUUUGCUCAGAAAGGCAACCUGGUGGUCCACAAGAGGAAACAUGCAGUGUCAGUGCCCAAAGUGUAGCUGUAACUUUAGUCAGAGGUUACCACACAGAAGUAUGGACGUAGCCAGAGAGUUGAAAAGGUUUUUCCACAACAUCUUGGCAGAAUGUGGCUCGGUAUAAACCUCAAUAUUUUUGUGGAACCACCCAAAAGCAAUGAGGGUUAAUCUGGGAUUAAUGAGGCAUUUGUAUCCAAUGACGUUGUGGGGGUUGGGCUUGGGUGUGUUGUUUACCCCAGACAAUACAGUGCACUGUUUCAUAAGCUGCUUUCAGACGUGCACUGAACUCCGGAGAUCCUCCGGACAGUCUCUGGAGGGGCUGUAUGUGAGAACGCUAAUGUCCUAGUGAAAGCCUCUGGACUUUCUCCGGCCAGCCCCCAAGUAUAAAGUCUGCAGAAAGUACAAAGGAGCUGAUGUGAAACACCACAAGAGAGUGGGCGUGGAAAUCUCUCGAUUCUUGGAUGCAUCGCGAUGACGACGUGCAGACGACUGCAACAAUGCAGACGCAGAACAUAAUCGAUUCAUGUUUCCUGCUCAGUCAUUGUUUUAGUUGUUUUCCACCGCUGAAUAAUUAUAACAGCGCUGCUUCAUGAUCAGGACACACAAGUCCGGUUGUCCUGUGUCUGUGUCU